CACUUUGUCAACAGUCUAGCGAGUAGAGUUGAACCGUUCGGAACGCGGGAAGGCUUCGCUUUCGUUCGUCGGGUUGGUCAAUCGCUGUUUGGUGGAUAGUGCGUCUCCAUCGAUUAACUCGAGCGCUCGGUCCGGUGGAUAGAGAGCUUUCGGUCUUCAUAAGUGGAGCAGUUUGGAUAGACACAACAUUCGCUUGUUGAACGUGACCGCGAACGGAUGUGUCCUGGUGAGCUUUUCGUCUUCGCCUGGAAGUUGUGUGUUGUGACGAGGGCCACGUUAGAGAAUUCAAGCGCGGAUAUGGAACAACCUGUUGGCCGUUAGAAUGUGGCACUUUUGUUGUGGAUUAUAGUUGCUACCGUGGUUACCAAUACCGUCGAAUACCUACAUCGGCUUGAGGGAGGAUAAUUGCAUCGGUAAGCACCGUUUAGUGAAAAGCUGGUGCCCUUCAAAGGAGUUCCUAUCUAAGAAGAUUUUUUGCAUUGGGGAAGCAGAAAGUCAGUGAAGUGUAGCACCACAAACGGAAGUGUUGUGUCGGUAUCGCGAAAAAAUGGGGAAACCACAUAUUGCACACCAGAUUAAUCAAAGACGUCUUGCCUAGAAUACGAAAUCCGUCUUGAGGAAAAGGAUAUUUGCAUCGAUGAGCGCUGUUUAAUCGAAAGCUGUUACCCUUAAAAGCAGCGUCCAUUGAAAAAGAAAUUUGCAUUCGGAAAGGAGAAAAUCAGUGAAGUGUAGCAAACGGAAGUGCUGUAUCGUGAAAAAGGGGCGAGACACCCAAAGGCUUCAGUUUAAUGGUUCUCUUCGUGUUUUUGAAUCAUGCUUUGAAUGUGGUGUUGAAUACAGCCGCAAGGCAAAUCGGAGAAUAAAUCUGGGUCGGUGAGAUCGAAGUGCUCUGUUGGUGGAUUGCGAUGAGAGCCGAAGCGGCGGAAGUCGAUGGGAGCUCUAAUCUGGGAUAAUGAUUCCGCUGUUUCCGCGGGCGGUUCCCAAGAAAAGGAAGAAUGCCGAAGUCUUGGCGGAAAUUCCAAGUAAAAGUGAUUACGGAAGUGUAUUCUGAUUGAAAAAAAAGUAGGCCGCGAAGGCUCAGUAGGUCGGUCGGUCAAGGCAGUGAAGACGUGAUGCGGUCGUUUUUUUGGCGGUGGUGAAUUUUUAAGCAAGGAAAAGAAUAAAACAAGCAAUAAAGCUGGAAAUUGGCGGGAAAAAGUAGCCCCCCAGGUAAGGAGGCGCCAAAGUUAAAGUGUUUGUUCCGAGGACGAAACGCAUCGCAGCGAAGCGAAAGCACUCCACGUGGAAUAAACAAAACAAAUAGAUUCAAAUCAACAGCAACAGUGAUUGAAUUACAAAGCUCCGAGAUUUCCAUUAUCGAAAUGGAGUUACUAUAUAUGUGAAAAUUGUGUUCGUUUCCUGUUCCUUGUUUUUGUGCGUGUAUAUUCGCGUAGGAAGUGUUGCCAUCGAUUAUUACAAGUUCCGUAUACUACCACCGGCACAAUGGGUGUCAACUCGUCGUCCCGGCAGGAUGCCAGCUUGCUAUCGGAUGAAGACGUCAAUUUCGAUCAUUUCCAAAUACUGAGAAACAUCGGCAAAGGAAGCUUCGGAAAGGUCUGCAUCGUCCAGAAGCGCGACAACGGGAACCUCUUUGCCAUGAAGUACGUCAGCCGAAGUGCCUGCAUCGGACGCGGUGCCCUCGGAGGAGUCCUCAAGGAGGUCGAACUGCUGGCCUCCCUGGAGCACCCAUUUCUGGUUAACUUGUGGUUUUCGUUUCAAGAUGAGGAAGAUCUGUUCAUGGUGUGCGAUCUGCUGGCCGGAGGUGAUCUGCGAUAUCACCUCAAUCAUCAGGUGGAGUUUUCGGAAGCCAGCGUUGCCUUACUGGUGUGUGAAAUCGGUUCCGCACUGGACUAUCUGCAGAAGCAGCGAGUUGUGCACAGGGAUAUCAAACCGGACAACAUUCUGCUGGAUGAGGAAGGACACGCACAUUUGACCGACUUUAACAUCGCGACCCGACUACCGCCGGAUGGGCUGGCCUGCAGCAUGUCUGGCACCAAGCCCUACAUGGCUCCGGAGGUUUUCAUGUGUGCCUUAGAGGAGAUCGCCGGCUACAGCUACCCAGUGGACUGGUGGUCCCUCGGCGUCGUGGCAUACGAGAUGCGUUCCGGGAUGCGCCCAUUCGUGGUCCACUCGUCGACGCCGCUGGUCGACGUGAAGAACCUCCUGAACACCCAACCGCACUUUCCCCGCACCUGGAGUGACAACUUCAUCGAUCUGCUCGGCAAGCUACUCAACGUCCACCCGGGUGCCCGAAUCAGCAGCCAGCGCGAACUCCAGCAAACGAAGCUUCUCCGGGGCACCAACUUCGAGCGUAUCCUCGCCAAGCAGACAAAUCCCCUGUUCAAGCCCUCGAAGGAUCACCUGAACUGCGAUCCCAGCCUGGAGCUGGAGGAGAUGAUCAUCGAAACCAAACCGCUGCACAAGAAGAAGAAACGCCUUGCCAAGCAGCGUUCCAUCCAUCGGGACAACCAGAACGCUAGCCAGGAUCAGCUAAGUGCGCUGGACAGUCAACUGUUGAAGGAGUUUCUGGUUUAUAACAGGUUCAAGGAGCAGAAGCGGAAAGCGAUGGAGAAGAAGGAAACCGAGUGGCAACAGGAGCUGGAUCAGGCUAUGGCCAGCUCCGAGGUGGAUGGAUUGGCGGUGGGCCGAUCGGAAUCGGUGCCGGCACGGCUUGCUACGAUCAGCGAAGGGCAGCCGGAGAAUGCGCCGGCGAAUGGGAAUACUCAUGCGAGCAAUAACGGAGCGAAGUCGGUAUCCAAGCAGGCCGACAACUUGGACUACAUCGAUCGAACGCCUUCGCCGAAGCCAAGCAUCUAGUAGUAGUGGUGUGCUUUUCGUUCGGUGUGUACGAGUGUUUGUGUUUUGUACUCGGGGUCGGGGUCAAGCCGUUUUGACAGAUGUUUGUAUACAGCGUUGCUAUCGGUUGCAACGGGUAUUGUGAUAUAUCAAAGUUGUCUCGUGUGUUUUUGGAUUUUCGAAUUUUGGAGUUUAUUCGAUGUGUUUGGCUAUCUUUGUCGGUGGAUAUCGUUGGUAGAGUGCUCUUGAAUAUAUUGUGUUUUGUCUAGAAUUAGAAAUGACGUUCAGCGCGGGAACAGCUAUCGUUUGAAAGUACCGAUGGAAAUCACGAGAAAAUCACACAGAAAUAACGAGACUGAGUACAUUUAGUGAGAUUACCAAACAAACAAAAGUCGUCAUGGGUAGGCAAUUAUUAACAACAACUGAAACAACAACCGAUUAACAAAAUUUUCCACUAGUGUAAGAAACAACUCUUAGCAUUGGCACAUGAAAAUCGCCGCCAACGCAGCUAGCAUUUAACAAUAGCAACAGAUACAAUCAUCACUCGCUACUUUGCACAUAGACUCACUAACACUCACACGCACAUAGCGCGCGAAAAGCUGUAGACGUCACUUCUGAAAUAGUCGAAAAAAUAAUCAAAAGCGUAGCAUUCAAUUAAAGGAACCCAAUAGUUCGUAGAGUAAAAUGCAAACAUCCAGCUUACUGCGAUUGCAUCGCAGUAGGCUGCCAACCGUCGUCGUCGACGGAAAACUGGUUCGAGUGGAAUCGUCAAUUUGUUUUACAGAUAACCAAAUGAAAAUCGGAUCAAAUAUAGAAAGAAACACUGUUGACAUUAUUUAAAUCGAUGAAAUUA